AUGGGGGACUGGAACUUCCUUGGGGGGAUUUUAGAGGAGGUGCAUAUCCACUCCACUAUGGUCGGCAAGAUCUGGCUCACCAUCCUGUUCAUCUUUCGUAUGCUGGUCCUCGGGGUGGCAGCGGAGGAUGUGUGGAACGACGAGCAGGCUGACUUCAUAUGCAACACCGAGCAGCCUGGAUGCAGGAACGUGUGCUACGACCUGGCUUUCCCAAUCUCCCUCAUCCGCUUCUGGGUGCUGCAGGUCAUAUUUGUGUCUUCUCCCUCGCUGGUUUACAUGGGCCACGCUCUCUACAGGCUCCGGGCGCUGGAGAAGGCACGGCAGAAGAAGAAGGCACUGCUGCGGAAGGAGCUGGAGUUGGUCGAUGUGGAGUUGGCAGAAGCCAGGAAGAGGAUUGAGCGGGAGAUGAAGCAGCUUGAUCAGGGGAAGCUCAACAAACCUCCUCUGAGAGGCUCUCUGCUCCGCACAUACGUGGCUCAUAUUGUAACUCGCUCUUUUGUCGAAGUGGCCUUCAUGACAGGCCAGUAUCUCCUUUAUGGCUUUCACCUCUACCCGCUCUUCAAGUGUGAGCGGGAUCCUUGUCCGAAUGCUGUAGACUGUUAUGUUUCCAGACCAACAGAGAAAAGUGUCUUCAUGGUGUUCAUGCAAUGCAUUGCCGCGAUCUCCCUCUUCCUAAACAUCUUGGAGAUCAUGCAUCUGGGCUACAAGAGGAUUAAAAAGGCCAUCCUAGACUUCUACCCUCACUUGAGAGAUGAGAGGGAUGAAUUUGAUGACUACUAUGCCAAUAAGAAUAAAAAAGAAUCUGUUGUGCAAAUAUGCACCGGUGCUUCUCGAAAGGCAACAAUCGCCUCUGCACCCGGUGACUACACCCUCUUGCUGGAGAGGGCGCAGGGCACAAUUAUGUACCCAAACCUUAUCAAACCUUCAACUUUUCUACCUCUUCAGGGUGAGCAGGCCACUCAGCAGGAUUUGGAUGAUAGCAGAUGUUCAGCUCAAAGCCCCCCAGGGUAUAACUGUACCUCAACUACCAAUGAGCCCAGCCCACCGUGCUGUGACUCCCUGAUUAAUCCAAAGCAGGAGGCCGAGGACUUUUUACAUCUUCCUCCACACACUGAGGGAGACAGCAGUGAAAGAGAGAGCCCAGACUCUCCGAAACGCCCACAGAGGGCAGCUCACGCCUCCUCCUUCCCCACGCUGCCAGUCAGCGCAUCAAGGAAACCGUGGAUGGCUCACGGCUCCUCCAAAUGCUCCACAGUGCUAGAGGGUAAAAGCUCUGACACAGAUUCAUAUGGGGGUGCAAAAGCCAGUAGUGGACCUCCUUCCUCUCGAACUCAGUCAAAAUCAGAUGACAAACAUCAAAGCGGGCCCUCCACCCCAGAGUCACUGGAUUACUCCAGCUCAGGAUCCGGGCCCAACCCGAGACCACCUUCCUCCAACUGCAAAACAUCAGUGGCAAGUAACGCAAGCGGCAGAAGAGCUCCGGACCUGCAAAUCUAAACUUUGAACGUUAUCUUCACACAGACGUCCGUGUUACAGAUUUCACUUUCAUUUCUGUAUUGAACCUAUGGAUUUAACAGCAUUGUGAGCAGGUUUCUAACUGGUGAGAGUUAUAUUUGUUUGUUCUGUUUUUGCCCUAAAUCGUAAACAGUUAACAAUUCAACCUAAUUAAUGUGGCAUGCU